AUGGCAAAGUUUAUAAAGUCGAUAUUUAAUACGACGGAAAGAAGAAAAUCUCGUUAUGAAGAUGCUGAGGAAGACAAAAAUAACUUCACACCGCCUCUUGAUGGAAGGAGAAAACUGUCAAUUUCAAGAUCAGGGCGCUUGAAGCAAGCUAAUAAGAAAAGACAUUCGUUGUCUUUGGAACUUUACAAUCAGGAAAUGGAAAUGAAUGAAAAAAGGAAUAGCAAUGAUUCUAAUGUUGCGACCAAACAGACUGAAUCAAAGAUAUCGAAAAAUAAUCAAAAUAGAAAUAGCACGGAAAUAAUAACGCCGGAGGAAGAAAUUGAAAGCGCAUUUUCCAUCAUCGACAAAACAUAA